AUGGAUUUGGUAGGUGGAUAUUAUGAUGCUGGUGACAAUGUGAAAUUCAAUUUUCCUAUGGCAUUCACCACGACGAUGCUAGCGUGGAGUGUGGUUGAGUUCGGAGAUUCGAUGGGUUCAGAGCUUAAAAAUGCAUUGGAUGCAAUUAGGUGGGGAGCUGAUUAUUUCAUUAAAGCCACCAAAUUUCCUGAUAAGGUUGUCGCAGUAGUGGGCGAUCCCGUUCAGGAUCACGAUUGUUGGGAGAGACCAGAAGACAUGGACACUCCUCGAACCACGUACUAUGUAACUCAAAACAAACCAGGUUCAGAAGUUUCUGCUGAGAUUGCAGCAGCACUUGCAGCAUCUUCCAUUGCAUUUAGGUCAACCGAUGCUUCCUAUUCCAACUUUCUUCUCAAUAGGGCUAUUCGGGUGUUUGACUUUGCAAAUAAGUAUCGGGGAUCUUAUAAUCUCAGCGUAGGUGCGGGAGCAUGUCCAUUCUACUGUGAUAUUAGUGGUUACAUGGAUGAGUUGGUCUGGGGUGCAGCAUGGUUGUAUAAAGCCACAAGUAAAACCAGUUAUUGGGAUUUUGUAAAAGCAAAUAUUCAUUCAUUAGACUAUAAUAUUUAUCAAUUUGGAUGGGAUAGCAAGAAUGCUGGCAUAAAUGUGCUUGUUUCUCAGUGGGCGAUGGGUGAUUCAAGUAGCGCAAGUCUUUUCAUUCCUAACGCAGAUAGAUUUAUCUGUUCUCUGUCGCCAAAUUCGCCAACCAAAUCAGUCUCCUACACUAAAGGUGGUCUUCUCUUCAAACCUGGAAUAGCUAAUAUACAAAACCCAACAGCUUUGUCAUUUCUCUUAAUUGUUUAUGCACGCAACAUGCAUGCUGCGAAGAAAACAAUACAAUGUGAGAAAGAAGUUGUCGACCCGAAUUGGCUUAUAAAAAUAGCAAAAAGUCAGGUGGAUUACAUAUUGGGAAAUAACCCACUAGGAAUGUCAUACAUGGUGGGGUAUGGAGGCAAGUUUCCAGAAAGAGUGCAUCAUCGUGGUUCAGUGAUACCAUCUUUGGAUUCCAUCCCACAGAAAGUGGGGUGUCGUAAUGGAGAUAAAUACUUCAAAGAAAACAGGCCUAAUAUUAACGUGCUGACAGGGGCUCUUGUUGGAGGACCAGGACAAGAUGAUUCCUUUGUAGAUUCCCGCUAUAAUCCUUCCCAAACAGAGCCAACCACAUACAUGAAUGCUCCUUUUGUUGGUGUUUUGGCUUACUUCAACAAACCCACUAUUACUGCUACUGUUAUUUAG